AUGGAAUACCGUCGGGCAUCCCUGGCUGCAAAUCGAGAGCAGCAAUCCUGUACAAAUUCUCCCAUAUAUUCCAGCUUCGCCGGUGCCAGUCGUCAAACCAAUGGGAUCGUGUACGAUACACCUGUAACAAUGUGGUGGGACGAAGAACGGAUUGAUGCUACCGUCAAUCGCCAGUUUGUAUUAUCAAAACUACGGCCAGAUGAACAAGCACGACUAGACGAACCGUUGGCUUUUGGAGAUGGCCUGACCGACGAUACUUACAUGGAAUGGAUCGAGGAAAAGUCGAAGCGAAUUUUCUUGAUCUUAGUCGAUCUCGGUGUUCCGGAUCAGAUCUUCGGGGUCAUCGACGAUUCCUGGGAUGACGAUGAUUUACCGGUGCCGCUGGAACAGGUGGAGCGAUUGCAGUUGACUUACGACAGGGAUGAGAAGCUCGAGAAGAGAUUCUUCCACCGCCAAUUUAUCUACCUUCUGAGGAAUGUUCAAAAAGGAGUGCACGAGUACUAUGAUGAUGAAGAGGUGGUUCCUUUGGAACUAGCGGAGAAACGACCUCUUGGAGCUGUCGCGGGUCUCACGCAGAGCAACAUCGACAAGGUUCAUCUACCAGGAAGACCUGACAAUGUUUUUGUGCGCCGACGGAUACCACUAGGUGCCACACCUGGCCGUAUGCCACAAGAGGAGUUUUUAUCUGGUCUGGACACCAUGAAAAUUCUCGAACACGAUCACUUAACGUCUCUAUGGGCCUCAUAUAUUCACCAGGAAAGUGGCUAUGUUCUCCUGGCACCGGUAAAUGAGAGCUCAUUAAAGUCAUUCUUGAACAUGACGCCUCAGUCUGUCAAGAUACUUGCUAAGCAAGACCGUCGCGUACUGAUCCUGAAUUGGCUCCACUGUCUGGCAGACGCUGUCUCAUUUCUCCACAGCAAAGGGCAUGCUCACAAAGCCAUCAAACCUUCCAACAUAUUACUCGACGUAGAUAACCACAUCUUUCUCAGCGACUCAAUUAGUUUCGGCACCGAGAAGGAAGGCUCUGACAAGGAAAUGUACGACUACAAAGCGCCAGAACAGAUAAUCUGGCCACCAACAGCUCCGAGAACUUCGCGUCUGAGUUCAGGCAGACGUUCCGUUUCACUGCAAGGAAACGCAUUUGGCUUCUCAACUGCCCAGCAAAAUUUCUCAGCAUCCGACGACUCUUCCUCGAUGUACACCUUCUCAUCAGCCCCUGCACAAACGCCGUCGGCCUCCAAUAGCGAUUCAUCUUCCAAAUCUUACCUGAGAGAAACCCACGAUCCUCAAAAGGCAGAUAUAUACUCCCUCGGCGCAAUAUUCCUUGAGAUCAUGACCUUUUUGAUGAAACGCAGCUCCCGCAACUUCGCCUCCUACCGCUCCUGCAAAAACAAAACCGCCGGCCGAGGGGGCGGUUUCCCCGAUUCGUCCUUCCACAAGAAUUUCAAGCAAGUAGAGAGCUGGAUGAGCAUCCUCGCUAAGGAAGCCAAGAAGAAGGAGGACAGGGUCUUCAGAGGCAUGAGCCAUAUCCUGGCCUUGAUCGAGAAGAUGAUGAACCCAAACCCGGAAGAGCGGCCUAGCGCCUGUGAUGUUGAGGAGAGGGUGCACCACAUUCUAGUAGAAUUCUGCGGUCUUGGUGCAACGCAGGAAUCCAGGGGCCGGAUCCAUUGUUUGCCGCGAAAGGCAGAAGAAAAAGAGUGGAACUUCGGAUUCGACCAGCUACGUCUGGCUUCACAGCGAGCAGCAGCCGAGGCAUGCGCAAGCGUCAACCCUGUGACGGCGAACGGAGGCACGAUCGGCCUCACAGGAGCCGUGGCAUACAGCCUUGCACGCACGGCAUCAGUGGUGUCGAGCGUGGCCUGGGGUCCAGGGCCUAGCUUUCCUACGCAGCCCAUGUCGCCGACCAGGCCGAGGAUGAUAUCGAGGGAUGCUGAUUCCAUGAGCGUAUCGAGCGGGAACAAGAGUCGGAGUUCGGAGAGCAAGUCGAGGUCCGGGAGUGCGAGUUUGGGGAGCUCGAUGCCGAAUGGGAAGCCCAAGCCCAAGGUUAAGGCGUGGCAGGCCCCCGUUUAUGCUGAGAUAAAUUUUGGAUGA